GGCUUUUACGAUGACACAAAAGCUUGCAGUGCGUCACGCAAUACGCACUUAAACGUAAUUUCCACCUCUGGAAGAACGAGAAAUUCAACGACAACGAGGCCGCAGAAAGCCUGCCUUCGUUUUUUUCACCAAAGAGACAAUGGUCACCGGUCACCCUUCCUCGGAGUCCGCUGAGAAACCAGGACGCACCAAUAAAGCACUAGUGCGGCAGUGCUGUAAGCCUCAGAUCUUCCGAGGGAACCCUGAGAACACCAAACACGUUAAUACUGUGAAACAGGUAACUCGUUCUAACGUCGAAAACUUCGAGCAGAUGUACAUGUAAACUCUGAUGACCGGAGAAAAACUACUUCAGACGUCCACAGAUCUUUUAAGUUGCACGAAGACCCAACUCAAUAACCUUUCAACUCAUAUUUAAUUCAAACUUCGUAGUCCAAACAAAUCCAUAGGCUCUAACCUUUAUUUAUUUAUUUAUUUUGGUUCUUUUGCUGUCUAUUGUUUUUGAUGUGUGAGAAAUAAUAUGUUGGUAGAGGAUACAACGGGUAAAUAAAUCCAAAAUCGAAAAUUUUGCAUUGAUUUCUCUUAUAUUCUGGUUCUUGAUCAUUGGAUUAAGUUUCCUUUUGAUGGGUGAAGAACAAUUGGUUAGUAAUGCCAAGACCAACUCAAAAUUGACCCUUUUACCUUUAAUCGCUCUUAUCUUCUAUGAAGUCUCUGGAGGUCCUUUUGGGAUAGAAGACUCAGUCAGGGCCGGAGGGGGUCCCCUUCUAUCUUUGCUUGGUUUCUUAGUAUUUCCCCUAAUCUGGAGCAUCCCGGAAGCUCUGAUUACAGCUGAGCUCGCAACUAGCUUCCCUGAGAACGGCGGAUAUGUUCUUUGGAUAUCUGCGGCUUUUGGACCCUUCUGGGGAUUUCAAGAAGGUUUUUGGAAGUGGUUCAGUGGGGUUAUGGACAAUGCACUUUACCCGGUUCUGUUUCUCGAUUACCUGAAACAUUCGUUUCCAAUAUUCAAUCACUUGGCUGCCCGAGUUCCAGCUCUAUUGGGAAUUACGGUUUCUCUGACAUAUUUGAAUUAUAGAGGUCUAAACAUUGUUGGGUUCUCGGCUGUUGCUCUUGCCAUCUUCUCGCUUAGCCCCUUUCUAGUAAUGGGUUUUCUUGCAAUUCCACGGAUAAAGCCUAAGAAAUGGUUGGUUAUUGAUUUUGGCAAUGUGGAUUGGAGGGGAUACUUCAAUAGCAUGUUCUGGAAUUUGAAUUACUGGGAUAAGGCAAGUACCUUGGCUGGAGAGGUUGAAAACCCAAGCUGCACGUUUCCUAAGGCACUGUUUGGAGCUGUGAUUUUGGUGGUUUCUUCAUACUUGAUUCCACUCCUUGCGGGAACAGGAGUUUUGGAUUCUGCACCAAGUGAGUGGAGUGAUGGCUACUUUGCAGAGGUUGGGAUGUUGAUAGGAGGGUUCUGGCUCAAGUGGUGGAUUCAAGCAGCUGCCGCCAUGUCUAAUUUGGGGUUAUUUGAGGCUGAGAUGAGUGGUGAUGCCUUCCAGCUUCUUGGGAUGAGCGAAAUGGGGAUGCUUCCCGCUAUAUUCUCUUCAAGAUCAAAACAUGGGACCCCCACCAUCAGCAUUUUGUGUUCUGCAACUGGGGUUGUACUAUUGUCAUGGAUGAGCUUUCAGGAGAUAUUGGAAUUUCUUAAUUUCCUCUAUUCUAUAGGAAUGCUUCUUGAGUUUGCAGCUUUUAUAAGAUUGAGAGUAAAAAAGCCUGAUCUUCAAAGACCUUACAGAGUUCCUUUACAAACAUUUGGGGUGACAAUGCUUUGCCUACCUCCUGCAUUUUUGCUCGUUCUUGUUAUGUGUCUGGCUACAGCCAAAACUUUGAUAAUAAGUAGCAGUGUUAUUAUAGUGGGUGUGGUUCUGUACCCUAUCAUAGUCCAUGUAAAAAAGCAGAACUGGGCCAAUUUUGGUACUGCACCAGCGGUGCCAUCUGAUGAUGGCCUGGAAACCCUUCCAAUUGUGUCUCAUCAACAUCCAGAGGUUUUGGAUGAGGCUUCCAUAAGCCUUCUUUCAGAGUUGUCUUCCAUCAGCAGAGACAAACAAUCAGGUGAGGUCACAGCAGAGGGGGUCCUAAAAUUGGAAUAGAAGAAUGUUUAUAUUUUUGUGUGGUCAGUGUUUCUCGUCGACGAUGUUGGAGGGAUCUCGAAACUUGCGUGGAAUACUCUUGUACCAAUGUAACUCAUGCAUGAUGGUUGUUCUUAUCAGAAUAAUGAUUCUACAUUUAUGCCUGAGAUUUAUAAGGAAAUAAUAGUUUCUGUUUAUGUAAUUUAUUAUCUUCCUUAUGGGUUAGUGCUUUAA